AUGAGAACCGAGGAGUUUGAUUUCGAAUGGGAUCCCAAGGCCAUGCCCCAGGAUCCCGUUUCACUGCGAGGCAAGAGUCGCGAAAGCGGCAAGAUGCUCGUGCUCGACCGGUCUACUGAGGCCAGCAAGCACACCGUCUUCUCGACCAUCUGUGACUUCUUCCGGCCUGGCGACCUUCUUGUUCUGAACGACAGCUACAUGCUCUCCAAUACGCUGAAGUUCCAUGCCAACGGCACAGACGUUCACGUGACUGUCUACGGCCACGAGCAGGACAACACCGCCAUCGUCAGCAUCGAGCCCGACCAGCCUUGGAUCGCACCUGGCGCUACGAUGACCUCGACCGACGAGCCCGCGUUGAGCUGCCACCUCCUCGAGCCCCAACAGGGCGAAGACGGGCUCUGGCGGGCCCAGUACGAGCCCAUCGAGUUGCUGAUGCCAACUCUGGAGCUGUACGGCCAUCGCCUCGACGAGACAGUGCCGCUAAACCCGGGCCAUUGGAAAAACUCGCGCAAGGACUACCGCGCCGUCUACGCCAAGACUCCCGGGUCCCUGGAGAUCCCGUCGGCCGGACUGCACUUCUCCAAGGCGAUCCUAGACCAGGCCGUCGACAAGGGCGUCGAGAUCGCCUACAUCACGCUGCACGUAGGCGCCACCGAAACACUGGCGAUACGCCACAUCAGCGAGGAGGAGAUUGAGAACCACAAGGUGCGCUCCGAGUACUUUGAGGUCGGCGAGACGGCCGCGGCGCAGAUUAGCAAGGCCCGGGCCGAAGGCCGCCGCGUCAUAGCGGUGGGCACGACCGUCAUGCGCACGCUCGAGACGCUGGCGCAAGGCAAGAACAAGCGGGCGCCGCUGCCGGCGCAGAAGGGCUGGACGGGCCUGUACAUCUACCCGGGCUUCGACUUCCGGGCCGUCGACGUGCUGCUCACCAAUCUGCACCGCCCGCGCUCGAGCCACAUUGUCUUGACGGCUGCUUUUGCCGGGAAGGAUUUUGUCAUGCGCUGCUAUGAUGAGAUUGCUGAGAGGGGUGAUUACGAGUAG